CCAACAGAGGCCGGCGGGGACGCUGUCCGAGCGGGGGGCACCGCCCCCUCGCCCGCCCAGCAGCAGCAGCAGCAGCGCGAAUGCGGCGACUCGGACUGUCAAGAACCCCCCGAAAACCCCUGCGACUGUCACAGGGAGCCACCCCACGAAACCCCAGACAUCAACCAGCUGCCGCCAUCCAUCCUGCUCAAGAUAUUUUCCAAUUUAUCCCUGGAUGAGCGUUGCCUUUCUGCAUCAUUGGUUUGCAAGUACUGGCGUGACCUUUGUUUAGAUUUCCAGUUUUGGAAGCAGCUGGAUCUUAGUAGUCGUCAGCAGGUCACUGAUGAAUUAUUGGAAAAAAUUGCAUCAAGAAGUCAAAAUAUAAUUGAAAUCAACAUUUCUGACUGUCGCAGUAUGUCUGAUACUGGCGUAUGUGUUCUAGCAUUUAAAUGUCCUGGACUUCUUAGGUACACAGCCUACAGGUGUAAACAGCUUUCUGACACCUCUAUUAUUGCGGUUGCCUCUCACUGUCCUUUACUUCAGAAAGUUCAUGUAGGCAACCAGGACAAACUUACUGAUGAAGGACUCAAACAGCUGGGCUCAAAGUGCAGAGAACUCAAAGAUAUUCAUUUCGGCCAGUGUUACAAGAUCUCAGAUGAAGGCAUGAUCGUCAUAGCUAAGGGCUGUCUGAAAUUACAAAGAAUAUACAUGCAGGAAAACAAAUUAGUGACAGAUCAGUCUGUGAAAGCAUUUGCUGAGCACUGUCCUGAACUUCAGUAUGUUGGCUUCAUGGGUUGUUCAGUUACUUCUAAAGGAGUCAUUCAUCUAACCAAGCUAAGAAACCUUUCCAGCUUGGACCUACGUCAUAUCACUGAACUGGAUAAUGAAACCGUGAUGGAAAUUGUCAAGAGGUGCAAAAAUCUUAGCUCUCUCAAUCUCUGCCUGAACUGGAUCAUAAAUGACAGGUGUGUGGAGGUCAUCGCCAAGGAAGGACAAAACCUGAAAGAGUUGUAUUUGGUGUCCUGUAAAAUCACGGAUUAUGCGCUGAUAGCCAUCGGGCGGUACAGCCUGACAAUAGAGACUGUGGACGUUGGAUGGUGUAAAGAAAUUACAGACCAAGGAGCCACCCUGAUUGCGCAGAGCAGCAAGUCUCUAAGAUAUUUGGGGCUCAUGAGAUGCGAUAAAGUCAGCGAAGUGACGGUGGAGCAGCUGGUGCAGCAGUACCCCCACAUCACCUUCAGCACCGUCCUGCAGGACUGCAAGAGGACCUUGGAGAGAGCCUAUCAGAUGGGCUGGACCCCCAACAUGUCUGCCGCCUCCUCCUAACACCCCUGCCCACUCUUUGGUCCUCUCGGGUCACCCAGGAGGGUGGAGAGGAAUCACAGAUUUGGGUUGGGUGAUCUCUUAGGUUUAAAGUGUCCUGUGUCUACAUGUGUACCCAAGCGUGUGUGUUUGUGUCCCAUUUGCAUAUUGCAUAGCAUAAGCGCAAUUGAUGUUUGUUCCCAGGUGAGCUGGGUUUUUUCUUCAAAAUUAUAAAUUUUGAAAGACACAGACCUUUAGUUUCUUAGUUCAAAGGCUUAUUUCUCUGGAAAAAAAUUUUUUUUUUACUGUAAAAUCAAAAAAAAAUUGGAACCAUUCUUUUGAGGUUCUGAUUACUGCCACCAGAGAUGCCCCCAGAUGAAGGCAGCAGCUGCCUUCUCUUUUCACCGGAAAGGAUUGUGCACAUCUACUGGUGACGACCAGAACAGUAGCAAUGUUGCACUAAUUAGAAGCCUGGAAACCAGUACUUUUCAAAAUUUCAAGCACACACACACCUGUUGGUUCUCAUACUUUCUCAUACACACACCCCAUGGCACGUUCUUUCUAGAUCAUUUUCUGACAGAGGGGCCUUCUUCCAGGCCACUGAGAGGCAUGUCAUGCACUGUGGAUCUGCCUGUCUCACUGUACCCACAGGUGGCUGACCUGCUGUCCAGUGGGUGGCUUAGGGACUAGAGCGAAUAAAGCCUUUUGUGAAGUUUCAUAUGGAGACAACACUCUGAACUCCCUGACCCAGCUCACAAAAGUUAAUUAUUCAUUAUUCUAUAAAAUUUGGUUGAGUACUAAGUAUUUUGAGUUUGACGUUAACAUUGUGUUAGCUUUUAUUUCAUGGAUGGUAACUGGUCCAGAUAUAUUUUAAUGAUAUUUGGAGCUAAUCUUAACAUUAUCGACAUAAAGCCACCAAUGUAAUGAAUAGUGUGCAAUUAUUUUAAAAAAACCAACAGAUCAUUUAAUUACUUUUCUUAAUUUUGGUAAUUAUGAAAAUAUAUUUCUGAGAUUUGAGGCUAGUCAAAUUGAUAGAAGAUUAAUGAGUGAGAUAUAAGUAGACAAUCUUCCUACUGUUUUGUUUUUUGUUUAUUGUUUUUUUUUUGCAUUGCUUUGGGCUUUAGAACAGGUUUUUUGGAUAUAUGCAUGUUAUCAUAUUUUGAAUAGUUCUUAUGCUGUUGCAAAGAUCUAUUGCUGGUUAAUGUAUGAGUUAAGAAGAAAUAUUAGAAAAUCUUUUCAUUAAGAUUCUGUUUACACUUGUCAGAAAUAAGCAUUUCUUUGUUUAAUUAAAGAUUUCCAGUCUUCAGUUUAGACAAUAUCUAUUAGUAAAUGAAUAUAUGUUUUGAUUUCACACAUCUUUACAAUUAAUUCAUAGUAGGGACUCAGGCUCAAAUAACCUUCCCUAUGUCAAGAUUUAUAAUCAAGACAGCAGGGAGCCUUUUUAAGCUAAAGAGUGAUUAUCUUUCACAGUAGAGCUAGAUAUACAAAACCCUGACUUGUGAGUUGGCUAUUUAUUCUUCCCCAUUUUGGACAUAAACUGUUUCUUGGCCUUUAACAGAUACACUAAGAUUUCAGUUUCACUUUAUGUAAUUCCCAACACUGCUAAAAUGAAUGCUUCAAGCUGUAAGAAACAAACAAACAAACAAUAGCUUUACAUUCAAAUGCCAUUCACUUAUUUAUAAUAACUCUUUUUUUUGUAAACAACUAUUUCCUUUGAUUAUGUCAACAUGUUUCCGACGUGGCAUGUCUUUGGCUUUUAAUCCCAAUCAGUUUGGAAAAUCUAGUCACUAAGCACCAAGAGUAUUUUUCCAUCACUAAAUGGGUUACUAAUUUAAUUUGAAGGGAAUAAAAUUUGUGUAAGAAAACAGCUGUUUACUGUUAAUAAACUGUAGUUCUUCUUACACAGCAAGCUGUAUCGUCUUCGUAUUCAUUUCCCCACCACUGAAAAGUAUCUUCAUCCACGAUAUUUUAACUGGUUUUUAAUCCAAAACUAAUUUAUAAGACAAUAUGUAUAGUAAAAGUAGCUUGAGUGAAUAAGCAAAAGUUUAAUUUUUAUAUAUGUCACACUAUAUUUUAAAUAGUUAAAAAAAGACAAAAGAAGGGAGAGCCGUCGACAAUAGAGAUGGUGCCGUUUCAGUUCAAAGUUGUAAUAAUCCUUGGAGUGUUACAGUUUGGUUGUCAGAUGGUUUCAGAAGUGUAUAAUUGAUUUUUUUAAUGUUGCGUUGUUUGAAUCUAAAGUACAGCACUAUAACAUGCUUCAGCUUGGGGGGUGGGGGUGGGGCGGGACUUGCACUUAUUCUUUAAGAUGUUGACUAAUCCAGAAAGCCUGAUGCAUCAUAACCUGGAAAACUGCUUUGGUAUAUUUGUAGGAAUCUGUAGAAAUAUCAUAUCCAGCCUCAAAGCAUUAAUCUCAAUAAACAACCAGAAAAAGCAUCACCUUGAAUGAUCCUGUGAUGGUUGUUGAAUGUGUCCUCAUUAGAUGCUUUGAAAUAAGGCCUCAAAUGAUUUUUCUGGGCAAUAUAGAGGUUUUUUUGGUUUUUUGGUUUUUUUGGGGUUUUUUUGUUUUUUUUUGCUUAGAAUGUCAUAAAUACAUGUGAACAUGUUUAAUGCAGGGCUUUUUAUCCUCUCCAAAAUGUCAACAGUAUUUUCAGAAUAAAGACUAUGAAAUAUAUUGCUGUAGUGGAAAAUUCUGGUCCUUUAUCUUUAAUGUCUUUUUGAGUGGAUAAAGGAAAUUCAUCCAGUUUGUAGUUUCUAUAUUUCUGUGAAUCUUUUGACCUUGCAAUGGGUUGCAAUAAAAGAGAAACAAAACAAAA